AUGCAGAACUUGAGUAAGGAACUCAGGGAAUGGUGGGACGCAGAGGCGCCACAGUCCAUGAACGCGGAUGUGCAGCUCAGCUACGAAACUUCGGAAAAGAAACUCCGCCGUGAGCUGGAAGCCUACGGGACCGUCCGCCGCGUCCGCGUCGUCCUCGACACCGCCGGCCGCGCCCGCGGCUGCGCCUUCGUCGAGUUCGAGCGCGAUAGAGACAUGAAAGAAGCUUACAAGAAAGCAGAUGGCACAAAAAUAGACGGAAAAAGAAUUCUAGUUGACGUCAAAACGGCCCGCACUGUGUCCGGCUGGCUGCCCGGAUAG